AUGGGCUGCACCGGCAGCGCUCUGCGCUGCUGUCCCGUCGGCGGCAAGAGACAAGUGAAAUGCCAGCAGCAGAAGGGACCAGCUGCCCAGGAGCUCACAGCCUUGAAGGCAGAGAAGGCCAGUGCCACCCUGCCAGGCGAGGAUGGGAAGGAGCCAGAGGAGCUGGCAGAGGGUGGGAGACUCCUUCAAGGCCAGGAGGAGGAGCGGCUGCGGGAGGCCAGGCAGGCAGGCACCGCGGGAGCUGUCCAGGAUGUUAACGCCCAGGUGGAGAAGGGGAAAGACCUCCAGCUGCAGGAGCGUUUGGAUGCCCUGAGGAGAGAGCACACGGAGACCCUGCAAGAGCUCCAGAGAGUGCAUGAAGAGGAGAAGCUGCUGCUGGCAGAGUCCCACUGCAGGUCCCAGGCAGCCUUACAGGAGACAAUCCAGGAACUGCAGUCCCAGCUGAAGGCCUUCCAGGAGAGGAUGAAGCGGGUGGAGGAGUCGCUCUUGAGCACAGACUACAAGAAGCACAUCCAGGAGCAUGGGAGCCCUGGCCCCUUCUGGGAGCAGGAGCUGGAGAGCCUGCACUUUGUCAUUGAGAUGAAGAAUGAGCACAUCCAUGGCCUGGACAAGAAGCUGCUGAACCUGGAGGCUGUGGCAGAGAGGAACCUUCUGCUGGAGGAGAAGGUGAAGACUCUCCAGCAGGAGACCGAGGACCUGCAAGUUCGCACCCAGAACCACUUGGUCAUGGCAAGGCAGCUGUCGGAGGAGCUGCUGGCGGCCCGCGGGGCCCUGGAGAAGGAGCUGCAGCUGCGGGAGCAGGCGCAGCGCGACAAGGAGGAGCUGCUGUACCGGGUGCUGCACGGCGGGGACGGAGCCUCCUUCCCCACGGCCGCCGGCGAGGUGCCGCUCAUCGCCACGUAG